AUUAAGCAUCUAAUCGAAGAGUGUAGCGAGUGCUCCUUCUUCAUGACAUUUCUCUCGAGCGGAACGAUUCAUCUGAACAGAUCGUACACACAAUUUGCCAAAUGACAGAACGAACGUAUUUUCGUUGGCGUGUUCGUUUUAAGAAGAGAAACGCGUGUGAGCACGCAACGUAUUAUAAAAUGGGUGACUCGAAGGCUCAACACGGUACACAGGAGAUGAAAGGCUGGCUCUUUAAGUGGACUAAUUAUUUAAAAGGUUACCAGCGAAGAUGGUUCGUCCUGUCAAAUGGCCUACUGUCGUAUUACAGGGCUGAACCAACAGGGGGGCCAAAGAUAUCAACACGACGCAAGCGGAAGGCUGGCAGAGCCUCCGAAAAUCCGGCGGAGAUGUCACAUACGUGCCGAGGCACGAUAUCCUUGCACGGGGCCUUAAUACACACCGUGGAUGCUUGCACAUUCGUUGUUAGCAACGGUGGUACUCAAACCUUCCAUAUCAAAGCGGCGACCGAGGUGGAACGUCAGCAAUGGGUCACAGCUCUCGAAUUGGCGAAGGCCAAGGCCAUUCAGGCUAUGGAAUCUGAAGAAGAAGAGGAAGAAUUCCAGGAUAAUGACAAUCAAAAACCGGAACAAGCAUCCGUGAUAAAAGACCUUUCGCAACGCUUAGAAGACUUACAGGCCUGCAACGAUUUAAUAAACAAAAAGGGAGCGAUGCUUCAGCGAGCUUUAAACGAGCUCGAAGCGCUGGAACCUCCGUCGCCUGAAUUAGCGGCAAAAAUAAAGACAGUCAGUGAACGAGCCACGCUGUUUCGCAUCGCUGCCGGUGCUAUGGUUAAUACGAGCAACGAGUAUUUACAACUAGCGCAACAACAGGAACCAAAGUGGAAGAAGAUGCUGCAGCACGAACGUGAUCAAAAAGUGCGGAUAGAGAAAAUGGUCGAACAACUUGCCAGGCAACAUUCUCACCUAGAGGAGGCUGCCCAACACGCGCUCCCCUCGGCAGUUUCAUCAGGGGGACACAGAGCUUCGCUACUUGUUAUAGAUACAACAGUUACAACUUCUCCCUCAGAAGACGAGGAAGAUAACGCCGAGUUUUAUGAUGCACAAGAAUCGGACACUUUUACAUUGAGUAUACCUGGUGUGGCUGCAAACAAUUCAAGAGAUAGGACUGAUUCUCAGGGUAGCGACGAUGGAUCUAGUUCAGAAGGAGAUCAGACACCUUUGCCUAUGUCAGACAAUGCUGGUGCAAACUCCUUUUUUAUUGUGACCGAUUCUACAGUAGUACAAACUCCUUCCACUGUUGCAAAUACCGACAAUCUGGACAAUACAAAUUGGCAAGCCAACAAUGGCAGCAGUGGCGGCACCGGGGUGACCGGUCCUAAAAGAAAAAGAAGAACUAGGGUACCUGAUAAACCAAAUUAUCCAUUGAAUUUAUGGAGUAUUAUGAAAAAUUGUAUUGGCAAAGAUUUGUCAAAAAUUCCAAUGCCUGUCAACUUUUCUGAGCCGCUUAGUAUGCUUCAAAGACUAACAGAAGAUUAUGAAUACGCGGACAUUCUUGACAGAGCAGCAGAGUGUACAGAUAGCUUUGAACAAAUGGCUUAUGUGGCUGCAUUUACUAUAUCUAGCUAUUCCACAACCGCUUCCAGAACAGGCAAGCCUUUCAAUCCUUUAUUAGGUGAAACGUAUGAAUGUGAUCGCAUUGACGAUUUAGGAUGGCGAGCAAUUUCAGAACAAGUAUCUCAUCAUCCUCCGAUGCUAGCACAGCAUUGCGAGGGACGUAAAUGGCGUUGUUGGCAAGAAUUUACCAUGGCAUCUAAAUUCCGUGGAAAAUACCUUCAAGUAAUACCGUUAGGGACCGCUCAUCUCGAAAUAGAUGGUGGUCAACAUCAUUAUACGUGGCGAAAAGUUACAACCACUGUACACAAUAUUAUAGUAGGAAAAUUAUGGGUUGAUCAAAGUGGUGAUACAGACAUUAUAAAUCAUAAGCAAGGUAUAAAGUGCCAUUUGAAGUACAUACCAUAUUCGUACUUCACACGGGACAGUCAGCGUAAGGUAAAAGGAGUAGUGAUGAAUUCGGACAAUGACGUAAAAUGGGUAAUACAAGGUACAUGGGAUACAAAGAUUGAAAUUGCUCCUGUAAUUAGUACGUCUGGUACACCAGAUAAUCCAGUGUAUAAAACAGGGCCUUAUAUACUCGCUUGGAAGCGGCGUAUGCCACCCGAAGAUAGUGAAAAGUAUUACAAUUUUACGGAAUUAGCGUGUCAACUUAACGAACCUGAAGAGGGUGUAGCUCCUACAGAUUCUCGAAAUAGGCCUGAUCAAAAAUUAAUGGAAAAUGGUCAAUGGGACGAAGCGAAUGCAGAAAAACUACGAUUAGAGGAAAAACAAAGAAUUGUUCGGCGAGCUCGUGAACACGAAGCUGAGAAAGCAGCUGCUGAAGGUUUACCAUUCGAAGCUUACGAACCGUUAUGGUUUAAAAAAGAGCAAGAUCCAUACACGGACAGUCUGUGCUACGUAUAUGGUGGUGAAUAUUGGGAGUGUAAGAGUAAAGGUGAUUGGUCACGAUGUCCAAACAUAUUUUAACUUAUUAUAUAAUUAUAUCAAUUAAUAUUGUGACCGCCAAUAUACAGUGUAAGAAAUGUUUGGAUUUGUUUAAAGUGAGGAUAGUUAAUUCUAAAGCUCACUUUGGUGGGGAUCAUUGCUUCUGAGACACGUUGACGUGAUAUGGUGUGAUUGUUGAGAGACGUGGUUUAGUAAUUAUUUCUUCCAUUGAACUGGUCGAAGUUGGCAUUCUGAUACAUAAGACGUGCGUUUUUGUAGUAUACCAUUACCUUCGUGAUUCUAGUUUUCUGUCUAUAUUACCACUACAUCCCCUCUCAUUUAUCCACUUUUUCUAAAUAAUCGGAAUAUUUACUGUAUUUAAUUCACAUGGCCCAAUGAACGCUUUGUAUACAAGUUUUGUAUAGAUUAAAAAAUUUGCUGUAUUUGUUAUUAAGUUCUGCUAUUAGGCUGAACGUACACUACAUUCACAAGAAAAUCCAGGUACUAUUAAUAAGCGAAUAAGUUAACAAGAAUUUCCUUACUUCAAUUUGAAGAUGAUAUAGCAAUAAGAUUGAUGAUUUUUAUUGCAAAAAUAUCGAUAACAAUUACUGGAAGUUUAAGUCGAGCAUGAAAAAUCCACUUAACGCUACUACAGUAUUCAUAAUUUGUUCCAAAUGAGUUAGACGUAACUAAAGUUUCUUUUUUCUUUUAGAAAUGGAACUGAUUGUAAGUUCCAGCGAGACCGAUCGUAACACCAACUUCGGAAAAUUGCCAUAACAUGGUUAUCACGUAUCCAUCGCGAAAAGUACUUACAUAGACUAUAAAACGUAUUUUCGAUGCUUGACGCGAUGCUGAGGAUAUUUAAAUGAAUUAAAAAUACUAGAAAGAGCAAAAAUUUUAAUAGUAUUGCUGUGUAAAUCAGAAACAAGAAAUAAUCGCGUUGAAUGUGUCUAAAGCCUUACUGAAUUAUUUAAAAGUAGGUAUUGUUAGAUAACACGUUUUUACAUAUUGGUUAUUUACACGUGUGGUGCGGCCAGACUGUUCACUCGACUGCCACGUCUUAACCAUUGCACGAAAAUUGGCUAAGAAGCGGCAUUCGUGUUACACUGAUACAACAAUCUGUAACCGCUUUGAAGAAAUGUUCCUGCGGAUAAAGUGUUCGUAACAACGAGAAUUCAGUAUGUUGAGAUUAAAAUAUAAAUAAUCCAUACAGAAGUUAUAAAUAUAUAUAUAUAUAUAAAUAUAUACAUAUUAUAACAUGCAACUUUAAGAAAGAAAAUCCAGAUAGUAAAAAAUGGGUACGCUUCCAAAUUUCUGCAAUUUUCCGUGCAGAUGUAGACUCUGAAUGUUCCACAAAUAUAGACUGGUUACCUAAUCAGCCUGAUUACUAUACUCCGUCGAGCUAAUGUUACAAAACAUAAUCAUAUUAAUACAUAAAUAAUGUAAAGAGAAUUUAAAAUCAUAUUGGAGAGCUCAUAAGUUAUUCUUUAUUUCUUUUUUUCUUUUUUUUUUUUUUUUUUAAGGACUUUUAAACUGGAAGGAUCAACAGUAAUUAAUUGAAAUCUGUUUCCAAACUACAUUAUGUAGAGACGCACACAUCCAUACACAGAUACAAGCGCCUGAUUGAGCGCAAUUUGCGUGCGUACGUACGUAUGUAUGUAUGCCCGUAUGUACAUAUGAUAUAUAAUUAAUAAAAUCCCAUUGUAUAUCCCUCUUAUGAGCACAUCAUACGGUUGUUCUGUUCAUAGUGUUUGUAUAUUGACAACUAUAUAUUCCGGUCUGUAUAGGACGACAUUGAAUGGAACACUUAGCUUGCAACCAAUGUUUACAAUGAUUGUUAUAAUUAAGUAUUUGGCUGUAUUAUAAUUUUAAUAGUUGAUAAUAAUCGGAUAUUAUCUGUAUACAUAUAAAUACAAAUUAACUAUAAAAAUAAAUAAUUUAAAGAAAAUACAGUAAGACGGAUAGAACAGAUGUUUGGAUUAUAUAGUGCUUGUACAUUAGCUAUUCAUGUGAAACGGUAAAUACAAAUGCUUCGCUACAAAACCGAAAAUAUCUUUGUAGCAUUCACAUGAUUGCCUUUUGGCAUCUCCUAUUGUAACACCCGUUGGUCGCACAAAUGGUGCAAUUAUUUAUACGAUGAAUAACCGUAGUCUUUUGUUCCACCAAACAAAUUGUAUUGAUUUAUUGUAACAAAUUAAAGACGAUCUUUAACGGGUAA